CUUAAUUAAUAGAUACUCCCUCCAAAGCUUGCGAAAAUCCAAGAUGGAGGAAGGCAACAUAAACAAACAAUAUGUGCAGAUAAAAAUGUAGAUUUUAUUUCGUCAUUGUUGACAACCAGGACAUUUAAUUAUGAAAAUCGCUGUUUUAGGUUGUGGCUUGCUUGGUACCAAAAUAGCAGGUGAGCUGGCUUAUCAUGGUCACCGAGUGAAUGUCUGGGACAUCAAUAUUCCGGCUCUGAAUUCCGUGUUUAAUGUUCUGGAAGAUGACAAGAAACAGCUCAGGGAAGACGGCAUUCUGUUUCAGAAGAAUUUUGUGGGUCAGGUCCUGUGUAUGAGCCGCCUAGAAGAAACUGUGAGUGACGCUGAGUUUAUUUUUGAGGCUGUGAAAGAGGAUUUAGAGAUCAAGAAAGAUUUACUGGAAAGGGUCUCUCAUAUAUGUAAAAGUGAUGCCAUUAUUGGAAGUAACACACUGCGACUAAACAUUGAUGAUGUCAUGUCUGGUGUGUUGAACAAAGAGAGAUCACUAGGCCUGCGUUUCCUUUAUCCUGUGUAUUACAUUCCUGAGGUGGAAAUAAAUCCCGCAAGCUUUACAGCACAGAAGUCAAUACAGAAAGUUCGUGUGAUGCUAGAGAGGAUGGGAAAGACAUUAUUUUUUAGAUCUGGAAACCAUCCUCUGAUUUUAUCUGAAGAACAAAGAGAAGAAAGAAAAGCUUUGAGAGUAGAGCAGUUACUGAACUCCUCUGGAAUCCCGUGUAUGUUUGAGAAGAAGAUCCCGGUUCUGUCACACGACGGUAAUGUGGCACCGGUGAAGGAGAAUCGCCGCGAGUCUACCACAGUAGACACAGAGUGUGGAAUCUGUAUGAACAAAGCCCGGGAUUGUUUACUGUGUCCCUGUCAUCACAUGAUCACGUGUUACGAGUGUUCUAAAAUGUUACACAACCGACGGGACGGAUGUCCGAUCUGUAGGAAAGACAUCACAGAGGUUAUCAGAGUCUAUCAUUCCUAGGGACGAGAUAAAUGUAUUCUCUAGUUUUAUUAUUCUUAAGGAUGAGAUAAAUAUAACCUCAGACUUUAUACAUGUAUCAUGUAUACUAGUCUUAGACUAUCAUUCCUAAGGAAAAGAUAAAUGCAUCCUCAGUGAUCCAUCAUAAGGAUAAGAUAGAUGUAUACAUGUAUCAUAUGAGUCUAGUAUUUCUAAGGAUGAUUGAAAUGUAUCCUCAGUUUUUAGCUCACCUGAGCAGAAGGCUCAAGUGAGCUUUUCUGAUCAAAAUGUCCGUUGUCUGUUGUCGUUGUAAUUGUUGUCGUUGUUGUCGUAAACUUUUCACAUUUUCAUCUUCUUCUCAAGAACCACUGAGCCAAUUUCAACCAAACUUGCCACAAAGUAUCCUUAGGUGAAGGGGAUUCAAGUUUGUUCAAAUGAAGGGCUAUGUCCUCUUCCAAGGGGAGAUAAUUAUGAAUUAGUGAAAAAUUACUGGCAUUUUUAAAAAAUCUUCUUCUCAAGAACCACUGGGCCAAGAAAGAUGAAACUUGUGUGGAAGCAUCCUCAGGUAAUGUAAAUUCAAGUUUGUUCAAUUCAUGACCCCCGGGGGUAGGGUGGGGCCAAAAUGGCUGAUCAAAUUUUUACACUGGAUUAUACAGGUAAAAUCUUUAAAAAUCUUCUUCUCAAGAACCACUGGGUCAGGAAAGAUGAAACUCAUGUGGAAUCAUCCUCAGGUACUGUAAAUUCAAGUUCUUAUAAUCAUGACUCCCAGGGGUAGGGUGGGGCCAAAAUUGCCGAUCAAAGUUUUACAUAGGAAUAUAUAGGGAAAAUCUUUAAAAAUCUUCUUCUUAAGAACCAUUGAGACAGGGAAGAUGACACUCAUGUAAAAUUAUCCUGAGGUAGUGUAGAUUCAAGUUUGUUCAAAUCAUGACCCCCGGGGCUAGGGUGGGGCCAAAAUGGCCGACCAUAGUUUUACAUAGGAAUAUAUAGGGAAAACUUUUAUAAAUUUUCUUUUCAAGUACUUUAAAACCAUGAUUAGUAAUAUUUAUAUGGAAUCAUCCUCAGGUAGUGUGAACUCUAGUUCAUUCAAAUCAUGAUCCCCUGGAGUGUUAAAAUUCAAGCCCCCCCCCCCCCCAACCUCAAUAAACUUUCAGUUCUGAUCUGAUAUGUGCUUUUUCCUAGCCGAUGUGCUCAGGUGAGCGCUGUGGCCCCUGGGCUUGUUAGCCAUCUUCAGGAUAAGAUAGAUUUAUAUUUAUAUUGUUAAAUUUAUUCAUUUCUGUUGUUUUAUUUUACAUGUUUUAAUUGUUUAAAAGUUGUAAAGUCUUUCACAGAUAUUUUAUUUUUAGUUAGCACUAUUGUUUUAUCUAAGAGAUUUCAAUGUUAAUCUGCAUAUUUUAUUUAUAAUUAUCUUUUAACUUGAGUAUUGAUUUUCUUCCAUUUACUUGUAAUUACUGUAAACCGACUUUUAUUGCGAAGACUUUAUUUUACGAUUUAUCUGGGGAAAACUAGUUCGCAACAAUAAAUUUUGGCAAUAAGCCUUUUUUUUGAUCUGUUGGCUUUAAGGACUGGUUCAAGGCGAGAAAUAUCCGUGAUGACAAGGCUCCUACAAAUCUCAGCUCGUAAAUAUUUCUUGCACGUAAAUAAAUUUUAAAGUUGAUUUGCAGUAUUUUUGAAAGAGAACAGCUCCCUCUUCAGUGGCUGGCUGGCUCUCUCUAAAAACAAAUACCAUAAAACAACAACUGACAGAGUACUGAUAAAAGCAAUCUAAUUGUCUAACUAUCAUUGAACGUUGAAUAUUGUAUUUUAAAGGGAGACAGCUAGGACACAUGUCACAUGGCUGAAUUUACUAUGUCAUAGUCACUGUUAAUAUUAGGUGCUAAACGUUGUUAAAAACAUCAUUAUUUUUGUGAAAUUUUUAUUCAACAUGUUAAGUUUAAACAUUUAAUGUAAAAUUAUGUUAAUGUAGAGUUUUAAAUGAUCGUGUAGAUAUAAAAAAAAAAUAUGAAAUUUAGUGAUCCACGUCUCUAUUUCUUUAUGCUUAUUAAGUUAGUGACAUCAUACAUGUACUGAGUAUAUGAUUUCUCAGUGCAGUAAGAUCAAGUGCACAUUGUUUACCUGGGAAGACCUAGAAAAAUAUACAAAGAAACAGACCACAAUCAAUGCAUGUUGAUGUAUUUUUAGAAGCUGGAAUUACAAAAAAAUAUUUUUUUUUAUUUUACGUGUUUAGUAGACGAGAUGCUGUAAAAUAAAUAUUCUAUGUCACUUAUGGAAGUUUUUGUGUGAUGUCAGAGUUGUUUUUGUCUCACUCGAAAAUGAAAACAUAAAAAAAGUUUUUUAUAAACAAAUUUAUAAAUAAAACCCCAAAUGAU